ACACACACACACACACACACACACACACAAGGAUGAUUAUUGGAUUUGUGCAGGUUUUAUAUUAAGACCUUGAAGUUCACCCUGUUGUUUUUCAUCCUGAGACACCUGUCCCAUAUGAAACCAAAUCAAAUCCAAGAAAAAGACAGCUUGCAGUAAAAAUGCUGGGCUUGCAGGCUUAAAUAGAUAUAUUACUGAAUACAUCCAAACAAACCUUUUAAUACCCCAUUGCAUCACUGUAAAGCACAUCUUUACCAAGUAACAAUCCACAUCUAAUGACAGAAAUUUAAGGUCUUUAUGAUCCAUGUUUUGAUUUUACAUCGUCAGUGCUGCAUUAAGACUGAUAUUAAUGUACAUAUUCAGUGCAAAACGUGCACUUCCUCUGGGUGAAAUGAGUGCUCUGCUAAAAUGACAGCAGCUUAUGAAUUGGGAUAGCAGUACUCCAAAAACAAAACAAUAUCUCAUAAUAAGGCCUCAGUUUACCAUUUUAUUUCUUAUCCUGGUGCGUUACGAUAAACAAGCCUUCAUCAGAGCACCACAGGAGUUGUAUCCGCUUCCUUUCAUAGAGAAUAAGCAAUCAUCCCCAAGUGUGUAGGGGAGGUACGAACUUCAGUUACCACAUUGAACAAUAAAAUACAAUAGACACUUUUUAUUAAAAUGAUACAAACGUAAGGAAGUAGGGUUUAACACUAACUGUUUUAGCGUAACUUUGCAUACAUUUGUUGAAUAAGUUGAGGGAUCUGAUGUCACGGUACAAUGUUUGUAUGCUCAACUGUGUGGCUGUAUAGGACUGUAUAGCUUUGUAUUUUUCCUGAAUAAGAAAAGGUUUCAUGGUUCAUUCAUAAUUCAGAUUCUAUACACGUAAUAUGUUUUACUACAUGAAUAAACAUGAAUAAUGUUAGAGCCAUUUCCACAGGUAGUUUGCCUAACUACAGUACAAAUCAUGUAAUAUUAUUGAUAUUAUAAGCUGUUUCCACAACAGGUCAGAAGCUCCUUUUACUGUCCCAUCAGAUCAGCUGACCAGUCAAUAAACAUUCCAAUCAAAGGGGUGAAAAAUCUUCUGCGCAGGAUAGACCUUUUGUUCCACUUUCCUCGCUCCUCCUUUAAGGGACUGGAACAUGGCGGACCUCGAUCAAUUUCCGGUACACAGGCCGGGGGAGAGAGGAAGGGAGGAAGCAUAAUUAACAGAAUGAAAAGCACCCAGGGUCUGAAAAGCACAGUUGUGUAAAAACAGAGUUAACUGAAGGCUGAACCUGUGACAAAACUGAGGCCAUAGUUUUGAUAUUUUCUUAAAUAAUGUACAUUUUAUUGUGGUUGCUUUCUAAAAACGCUAUUAUAAUGUCUGAGACUUUAGAGUACAAAUAGUUGAAUGCAAAAACAUUGUGAGAGAGCUCUUGUUGCAAAACAUUAAUCUUCACCAUAUUGGAGUGUAUGCAUGUGUUGCUCUCAGCACACACUGAUGCUGGCACUACACCCUGCUAACAACCACAUGUCCGUGUCAGUGCCUCUGAUGAGCUAAUCUGCUGGUCAGCGUGGUGACGGGAUCCCCGGCUGAGACAUGGCCUUCUUCAAGAGCUUCCAGCAGAACCUGCCUUCUGUCAACAUUUCCUCUAUCUUGGACUCGGUCACCAGUCGUGUGGACGACCUGGCCAACGCUGUCAGCGAUGUCACUUACGCUGUCAGCGACCAACUGACUGAGCAGGUCACCACUAUUAUCAACAAGGUGCAGGAGGAGGAAGAUGGGGAAAACACCAUUGGCCAGGAGUCGGGUCAGACUUCCACAGCACAGGAAGGCAAGGCCAGCAGCAAAAGCAUGUGGCAAAUGAAUAGAGACUCAGAAACAGGCAACACAGCCUCAAAGACCAACCAGGCCAGUGAUACUACAGAGGCAGAGCACACUACGAACCAGCUGGAGUGGGAAUGGAGGGAUGGAUGCUGGCGAGUUAAAAAGACAGAAGCCGAGUUAGCAGAGGAAGAGAGGAGGAAGAAAGAGGAGAAGCAGCUGCAGGAGAAGAGAGAGCAGAGGAGAAAAGAAAGGAGAGAGAAGCAGCUGGAGAAAGAAGCCAAGUCGCAGAAAAACAAAGAGGAAUCCCAAGAUGGAAAGCAAGAGGAGGAAGCUGAUGCUUCAGAGAAAACAGACAACAGUAGUGGACAAGACAGACAGGUGAGUGACAGUGGAGACAAAUCCAGUGCUCAGCAAAGAGGUGACGACUGCGAUGAACCUCCUCAAUCGCCUGGUCCUGAGACUGAAAGCAGGUUAUCAAAGCAGAAAAAGCAAAAAGAAGAGGGAGAAGGAGAAGGAAAGAAAGAGAUGGAGGACAGCCUCGAGAGAGAGGGAGAUGAUGAGGAAGAGGCUGAGCUUUCUAGAUCUUCCUCAAAAGUAAAAAAGAAAAAGUCAGACAAGAAGAAGGUGAAAGGAGCAAAGGGGGGUUUGAAGAAAUUGGAAGAAGCCUCGGAUGUGGAGAAAAAGAAAGAAAAAGGCAAGAAAAAAAAGAGGGGGAAUCAAGAGGGAGUUUUAUCAGACAGCGAGGAGGACAAAGGCCCCGAGGCUGUGGCCCAGCAGAACACAGCUUCUGAGUGGGGCAACAAACGCACACAGUCCACUGAGCAGGGAGGCUACAGCAGUGAAGCCUCCAGUGAACGGGCAGCCAACAGCAUCCAGAGAAUAAAGAAAGAUUCCUCCCUCAACGAGCCCCAGCCUCCUCCGUACCAGGACGAGGGGACGGCGGUGCGCGUGUCCUCUCGUUCCCGCUCGGAGCGAGGGGUCAGGAGGGGGUCGUCCCCACAGCGCUGCGACAGCCCCCGCUGCUCCAGUGAGGCCAGUGUGGACCAGGACACAGAGAGCUACCUCAACAAAGGCUGUGAGGAGGACAUACCCAGUGACAGUACAGCUGUGCUGGGACCAGAGGAUGGCUCUGGUCCUCAGCUCCCUACAGCCUACGAGCCAGAGCCACUCGCCAAAUACGGCACGCUGGACGUCGCCUUCGAGUACGACUCCAGUGAGCAGUAUUUGGCCGUCACGGUCACCGCGGCAACAGACAUUCCUGCUCUUAAACAGACGGGCAACAUUGCGUGGCAGGUCCACCUGGUCCUGCUGCCUACCAAGAAGCAACGGGCCAAGACCGGCGUGCAGAAGGGUCCGUGUCCUGUCUUCACGGAAACAUUCAAGUUUUCCAGGGUGGAACAGGAGGCCCUUGGGGACUACGCUGUUCGCUUCCGCCUGUACAGCAUCAGGCGGAUGAAAAAGGAGAAGGUCCUGGGAGAGAAGGUUUUCUACUUGACUAAGCUCAACCUGCAGGGCAAGAUGGCUCUACCUGUCACCCUGGAGCCGGGCUCUGAGCUUACAGGUUGUGGCUCUCUGGUGAGUGUGUCUCGCAGUGCAGGAGCUCUGUCCUAUCGCUCCACUGAAGACUCUUCCUUGCCAGAGAUCCUCCUGGGUCUCAUUUACAACUCUGCCACGGGACAGUUAUCUGCUGAGGUCAUCCAGGGAAGCCACUUCAAAACCACAGCGUCUGAUAAACCCGUCAAUGGUCUGUUCUGUUGUAUAAAACACUUUGUAGGGGGACAGCUUUAUAUCAUGAGAGACACCUACGUGAAGCUGACCAUGCUGGACUCCAAGGGGAAAGAGAUGUCCAAGUGUAAGACGGCCGUAUGCCGCGGCCAGCCCAACCCCACCUACAAGGAGACGUUUGUGUUCCAGGUGGCGCUCUUCCAGCUUUCUGAGGUGUCGCUGGUGUUGUCGGUGUUCUGCCGCCGGAGCAGCAUGAGGCCCAGGGAGAGGCUGGGCUGGGUCUCCCUGGGCCUCAACAGCUCCAGCGAGGAGCAGCAGGCCCACUGGACAGAGAUGAAAGAGGCGGAGGGACAGCAAGUCUGCCACUGGCACACACUUACUGACACAUAGGAGAAAGAUUUAUGAAGACUGAACUUACAUUAACAGCAUUCCCAGGACAGGCAGAGUUUUGGGGGAGCAGCUUUUGAGAUGUAUGAUGUGUGUGUGUGUGCUGCAUACAGGUGUGAGGACAGGCAUGGGUUCCCAGUCUUCACUGCCAGAGACUGCAUGAAUAUCCUUUAAUCUGCCACUUUGCUCUGAGGCAGACAGGCUGACUUUAUUGGUGGAGGUCCAGCUCCAGCCUUUUUAUUGACAGCAAAAGGCAAUUGCAGACUGAAAAUGAAUGACAUUAUAAUCACUGAACUAACCAAGAACAGAAGGAAACAGUUUGUUUUCCAAUAAUUCUGCAUACAGCAAGAUCUGCAUGUACACUAACUGUUUACAGGACAAUGUUAAGACUCUCAAACAUUUUGUCUCUGAAUCUUGGACCAAAGAGUUCGGUCCAGGACUACCAGACUCCUUCCUGUUUCUUCUGGGCUUCUCUGGACUUCAGCUGCCACCAGCAUACCAGACAUUCUCUAUCAGUCAUAGCCAUUGACAAAAGAGAAGGCAAUGAAAAGACUGUUACAAAGGGCCUACAACAUGCUGCAACUAUGCUUACAAGCUAUGCUUUGUACAGUUUGUUUACAUGCACAUGACAUUAUGCAAGAUCACUUCAUUGGUUUCCCCCUUUAUGUUUUUUGGAUUAUCAGUCAAAUGGUUUACCAGUUUUAUGGGUGUCUCUCUGGGGCAUGUGUAAGAUGGAUCUUUUUUUAAUUUUUAUUGUGGUCUUACAUAACUCAGUGCACUAUGCAUCUGAGGCCACUUUAAACUAGAGGAAUGAAAUUCUGUCUUACACUCGUUGAGUUUCUUACAGAAUUGGACACAGCUCUGCAUGCCACUGGUAUCAAAGAGCAGCUUCCUUUCCUGUGUAAUACAGAUUGAGCCUCUUUCACCAUUCAGCCUUCUGACAAGUCAGCCACGUUCAUUCAUGUAGAAACACGGUGCUUCCUGCUGAGGAGGAAUAUGCAAAAGCCUGCGCAGUCCAAUAAACCUGGCUGUUUCUGUGAGGCUGUGCUAAUGACAGCCUCAGCUGUGUUCGCUGUGAAGUGAGUUGGAGUGGCAAAAUUAAAUUACAGGGAAAAAGGUCAAUCAUAUUUUUUCACUACAAGUGAAUGGAAGAUGUGUUAUUAAAUAAAGUCUAAAAUAAAUGAAAACAUUGUCCAGAACUGUGAAAAAUCUGGUUAUACCUGCGAUGUCCUCCUCUGGAACAAAGCCAAUCUUUAAGCUGAGUCAGAAAAUCCUUCAAAAGACGACUGAAGACUACACAGCCACACCCGUGUUUCAGUAAAAAGUAUGAAACCCGCUCUCUGCUGGCUGAAGCAGGGAGGUGUGGGAUACAUUUUUCUUUCUCCUCGUCUCACUGAUGUCAGAGCUGAACCUCUCCUCUGCAUUUGGGGUGCUGCAACCACACCUCGUCCCUUUAGUUCUCCCGCAGGGCCAAAUUUCUACAAAGUCAAACUUUAUUUAUUUCAAGAUGAAUGAAAACCAGAUGUGUAGCAUUCCUGCCAGAUAAACAAUUGGCUUUUGAUUGCAGAAAAGGGAAUAACAGCCACUGGAGCCACUUUUUUUUUUAAUCGUAAGUUUGGCUUAGAUUUUGCUCUAAGCACAAUUUGUGCAUAACAAGCAUUUGCAACCAUUGAAGGAACAGUUUUUGUUAAACACGCUUAUUCACUUUUUUUUUUUGCCAAGAGUUAAAUGAAAAGACCGAUACCACUCUCAUGUCUGUAUGAUAAAUACGAAGCAGCCAGGUAAGCUGAGCAUGAAGACCGGAAACAGGGGUAAACAGCUAGUCUGGCUCUGUCAAAAAGUACUACAAUCUGCUUACCAGCAAAUUUAAACAAUGUCUCGUUUGUCAUUUUUACAUUUUGGUUGAUGUACAGAUUAAAUAAUUUGUCGUUGUCCAGGGGUUAUGUACUAGACUAUUUCUUGGUCGGGACCAGUAACUUUCUGGAGUCCUUGCUGGUUGCCUAGCAACUGGUCCCGUCCAAGAAAUAGUUAAGUUAUCUAGCUGCAACUUCAUUUUCAUCAUAGAGACAUGAGAGUGUCAAUCUUUUCAUCAAGCAAGCUAACUCUCGACAAGAAAGCAAAUAAACUCAUCAUUUCCCAAAAGGCUGAACAAUUUCUUUACAUAAAGUUCUGAUUCACUAUUCUUAUUUUAAGGUAUUAUAAAAUAGUCAAAGUGCAGGAAUGUGUUUUGUACAGAUGGAGAAAAGAAUGAGGCCAUAAGUCAGAUAAUGUUUUAACAAUGUUGAGUUUUUUUAUUUCCAUUUAUCUGGCCUUCAAUGGUAUGUUUGACGCUGUCAUCAGUCUGGUACAGCACGAGCAGCAUUACAGGUGGCUGGAGUCUCGCCCACAGUUGUGGAUCAGAUCCAGGAGCACAUAGUUUCACAACUCCUUAUGCUUAGCAGAGUGACUACGGCCUUCCAGGAAAAUGUAUCCUGCUCUGGGCCACGGAAAACCAGCUGUGCCACAGAUCAUAGAGGGGGGAAACCAGGGACUGAAGGAAUGAGAGGUUUAAACUUCCAAAAUACCAGCCGACCCCAUCUAUGCCCUAAGAGUCAGCCAGGUAAUUAUGAGGCCCCUGGAGCUCCAAUAAGUGUGUGACGCUUAUUGUGACGAGAGGGCAAGGAGCCAGGCAGGGUUUCAAGUCUGGUGCAGCAGAAGUGUAAAUUUGGAUUUGUUUUAGCUGUAUUGCCAUUUUACACCAGUGUAAUUAGGAAUCUGGCUCUUCAUUUAUCAGUUUGAGCUAAAGAUGCUAAACAAUCAAAUACUUUAUAUUUUACUGGAGGGUCCAGAGAGCAGCAGCAGCCACCUGGAGCAGGUAGGAAUUUGGCUUCAAAGACACUUUACUGCGUUUCCACCGACUGCUGCAGAAGCUCAGUUUAUGGCAUUCUGUUACAAGUCGACCUUUCUAAGAACCAGGUCAUCUUGCUAUCUAUAAAAACACAUUUGCCUGCCUGAGUGCUGCUCUUAGGUCAGUUAAAUUCCCCCUCGAGCAUUCAGUGGCACAAGCUAGUUUUCUUUGCGAUUAGGAAUAAUAAACUACAAUGUCUUGUCAUUUUAUUGAAUGUGUCAUUUUCAGUUUAAAAAAUCUUUUUUGUAAUAAUAUAUUCAAUAAAUAUACAGGAACCAUG